AUGAAUUCAGGUAUUGAUGACAAGGGCAGGUCUCUUCAUCCUUCAACUCCCUCGUUGUUUCUCCCAUUUCUCGAUACACUGCCCUUUGCUAUUCCGUCCUCGAUUCUUACCUCACUUCGCGCCCUGCAACCAUUUCUUCACUGUGUCACACCCCACAACCCGUCAACUUCACGACAUGCCGCACUCGCCCUCACUCUGGAUGUGAGCUUGGAAGGGCGAGUGUCAAAUGCUUCCCUAUCGAUGCCCACCGAUGGCAUUGAUAUCACCAGUGGUCUCUUGGGAAUUGCCCAGGAAGUCGGUUAUCGUGCUUUUGAUGUCUUUUACUACCUCCUCACAUCGGUAUCUACGCAAGCCGAGAGAGAAUUUCUGAGUCUAAAACCGGCAUCACAAUACUCUAUCCUGGCUGCAUCUGGAACGUACCGACCACCCGCACACCUUGCUGCAGCUGAUGAUGGCGCAGCGGCAGACGACUUCCGGCAGGCAAUCAGAGAGAUUGGGAUCAAAGGCUCUACCCACCGCAAGCUCAUUGCCACCCUCGCAGGUCUACUCACACUCGGAAACACGCUCGACCCGAAUGCCCCUCGCAAUGAUGUUGUCGAGGCCUGCGAGGAGGCCAGUAUCAUGUUGGGGGUUGAGCCUGAGGUACUCGUCGGUCUCUCUCAUUCCGAUCGCCACGCAUUCAUGAGCAAGGUCUACGAAGCACUUGUCAACUGGGUCAUUGUCAAAGGCAAUGAGGCCAUCACAUCUCAAAUCGGCCAUCCCCGGCUUGGUACUGAGAGCCCCAUGGCUGGUGGGGUAGGCGACAGCGAAAGUACUCGGAUUAUUGUCGUCGACAUGCCCGACUCAUCCUUUGGAAGGGCUGUUGCUCUGCAAACGAACUUCGAUGAGUCUUUUGGCAUCAAUGCCGAAGCUAUUGAAGACGGUAUUGCAACUCCUUCUGUUGAUCCUUUGGUGUGGAAAGACGCCUGCCAAGCCAUGGCCGGAAGUCCAUGGUACCAAAAGAUCGUUGUUGACAAGCAGACGGCAGAGGAUACGUGUGAAGAGGGACAACAUUCCUUCUUGGACAAGCUCAUUCUUCUCGCAGAGGAUGAUAGCUUUCUCAAGAUUAUUCUCCCUUCCAAGACGAGCACGGAGCCCAGACGACAUGUACUAGAUUUGCGGGAUGUUCUCGACUCUAGCAGAAUCUGGUAUCAUCUCUGCCUCUACCCUGGAUCGGAUACCACACCCGGCUCAGUGGCAUCACCUCUGUUGACCGCUCCAUGGUCUCCAAGCGACGUAUCCAUGCAGCUGGUAUCAUGGCGCCUACGAGACUGGACUAAUCGAUCCUUUGUCAAUCCGGCAUACACAGUUGAUUUCGACAUGGACGAGUUCCUCCAGCGCUACUCGGCCAUUCACGGUUAUCUUUCCAGCAAGGAUGACAUCAACAAUUGGGCGCUUGAGAGGGGAUGGCACAACAGCAGCCUUGCUAUCGGCCAAGAUCGUGUGUGGAUGAGUGAGGAGGCUUGGUGGCAAGCCGAAGGAAUGCUCGACAUGAAGCUGGCCCUCAUUCGACAACAGGGGAGCCAGAGUCAGCUUGGCUUCAGGAGCGAGCCUUUCCCUUCUCCAAGACCUGGAAGUGUCUUUUCUGGUCUCAGUCUCAACCAGAGCGGAUAUGGAAGUAGGGAUCACCUCUUGCUUGGAACAUACCCAGAUCGUGAAGACACCACUCCCGUCACCGGAGCUCAGCUUGGAACGAAAGAAUCUCUCAUCGAUAUGGUGACCACCGAUUCGCCCAAGGAGCAUACAAUUCUUGUGUCAAAAGAUCCGGAGCUUGCGAAAACGACACGCAUCGAAACGAAGAAAGUCGAUUUGAGCCGUCGCCUCUGGGUAGGCUUCGUCUGGGGACUCACCUUCUGGAUCCCAUCACCUCUUCUUACACAUCUCGGCCGCAUGCGUCGACCGGAUGUUCGACAGGCAUGGCGUGAGAAAUUGGCCCUGUUCUCUAUCAUCAUAUUCCUCAAUGCGUUGAUCCUCUUCUGGAUGAUUGGUCUCGGCAAGCUCCUCUGUCCAAAUUCGGACAAGGCCUGGAACCGCAAGGAAGUUGCUACGCAUCAGGGAGAGGACGAUUUCUGGGUCAGCAUCCAUGGCAAGGUCUAUGACAUCUCGGAUUUUUGGAAACGCCAACAUAGCGAUACCGCUAUCGAGACCACCACAGCUAACAUGCAGCCCCUUGCUGGACUUGACAUGGAUGAAUACUUUGUGCCUCCGUUGAACAUGGCUUGCAAGGGGCUUGGUAUCGCGGAAACAACUCGGCUGCGGGCAAAUACCACUGCUGAAUACACAACAGCUGUGCACACCUCUGGCUACUACUGCCUCGACUCGACAAGUGCCCUAUCCAAGGAUGAUUGGUACUGGACCAACUUUGAGCCCGGCAUCAAGGAGUAUUACCAUGGCGAGCUGGUCUACUCCGACAGCAAGUUCAAGGCGGAAGCCGAGGAGGGUCGUAUGUGGGCGAAAUACGGCAACAAGAUCUACGAUCUGACAGACUACUUUUACACCCAAGGCCUUUACAAGAACGACAAGAAAUACGAGUUUUUGAAUGAGAAGGUUUCGAAGCUUUGGAAGGACAACCCUGGAAAGAAUAUCAAGGAGGAGCUUGAUAUCAUGCUUGCGGACACAGUCAACAAGACCAAGCACGAUAAUGUUGUUGCGAGUUGGCGUUGCAUCCAGGCCAUCAGCUACAAAGGCAUCUCGGAUUUUCGAGAGAGCGCCAAGUGUCAGGUCAACAACUGGCUUCUUCUGGCUUUCACCGUCAUGGUGUGUGCGAUCAUCCUGGUCAAAUUCCUGGCAGCACUCCGAUUCGGUUCCAAACGACGCCCGUCGAUGCAGGACAAGUUUGUCAUCUGUCAGAUUCCCGCGUACACUGAAGACGAGGAGUCUCUACGGAGGGCCAUCGAUUCUUUGACGUGUCUCAAGUACGACAACAAACGCAAGCUGAUAUGCGUCAUUUGCGACGGCAUUGCUGUGGGCCAGGGGAACGAUCGCCCGACUUCGAAACUGAUUCUCGAGAUUCUGGGCAGCGACCCGAAACUUGAUCCAGCAGCCCGAGCAUUCAAGUCGAUCGGAUCAGGCAGCGAUCAGCUGAACUACGGCAAGGUUUAUUCUGGUCUGUAUGAAUGCGAGGGGAAUAUUGUUCCAUACAUUGUCAUCGCCAAAGUCGGCAAGGAAUCCGAACAAACACGACCCAAGCCCGGAAACCGCGGAAAACGAGACUCCCAGAUGCUUCUGUUGAGCUUUCUGAACAGGGUGUACCAUGAGUCACCCAUGAACCCGCUGGAACUCGACAUGUUUCACCACAUCAACGAUGUUAUUGGUGUUGAUCCGCGGUUGUAUGAGUUUCUCCUCAUGGUCGACGCCGACACGGCUGUUCAUGAAGAUGCGUUGAAUCAUCUUGUUGCCGCUUGUGCGAACAAUACAAAGAUUGCUGGCAUUUGCGGAGAAACGAGGUUGGAAAAUGACGAAAAGAGCUGGUGGACCAUGAUUCAGAUCUAUGAGUAUUUCAUAUCUCAUCAUUUGGCCAAGGCUUUUGAGUCGCUGUUUGGAUCCGUCACUUGCUUGCCUGGAUGCUUUACGAUGUACCGUUUGCGAACAUUUGACGGGAAGAAGCCUCUCAUCGUUUCAGACGCUGUCCUUCGAGACUAUUCCGUCUGCGACGUCGAAACCCUCCAUCUCAAGAACCUCCUCUCCCUCGGCGAAGACCGUUACUUGACAACGCUCAUGAUCAAGCAUUUCCCCCGCAUGUGGCUCAAAUUUCUCCCCGAAGCCCAGUGCCAAACUGUCGCCCCCGAGUCAUGGAAAGUAUUGCUCUCUCAACGAAGAAGAUGGAUCAACUCGACCAUCCACAACUUGGUUGAGCUCAUGCGUCUGGAAAACAUGUGCGGCGUGUGCUGCUUCAGUAUGCGCGUCGUUGUCUUUGCCGACUUGUUCGGAACCAUCAUCUUUCCGGCUACAUGUGUGUAUCUGGUGUAUCUCAUAUACCGCGUCGCCACCAACACGGGACAAUUUCCCAUGAUCUCCAUCAUCCUCUUGGCGGCCACUUACGGUCUCCAGGCGUUACUGUUCCUUCUCAAAAGGCAGUGGCAGCACAUUGGCUGGAUGAUCAUCUACCUGAUGGCAUUGCCGGUGUAUUCCUUCUUCCUCCCUCUUUACUCUUUCUGGAACCAAGACAAUUUCUCCUGGGGAAAUACUCGUGUUGUCAUUGGUGAAAAGGGCGAUAAGCAAGUUGUUGCUGUUGAUGAUGAUGAAGGUUUUGAUCCUGCUUCUAUUCCGCUGCAGAGAUGGAGUGAUUACGCCGUGGUCAACAAUCUUCCGAAUCGAUACUAUCAAGACACUCCACGAAAUUCCGUUUAUGGCACUGAGCCAGACGCCUCGUUUAUCCGGAACUCCUACUUCCCUGCCCAGUCUACGGUGAUGCAGGGCAACCAGUCCGCUAUCGGCAUUGAUGGCUACGGCCAACAUGGGUCUUGGAAUCGACGUUCGACGAUGACCUUGGGAAUGACAUCCCAUUCACCACAAACCGAGAGGCCAAAAACCUCAUUUGGCUUUAAUGAACCUGGAAGGGAGAGAGAUACUCUCAGGACACAAAGCGGACUGGGCUUGACAACCACUCGAACCCUGAGCCGGCUUGGUGGAGACGAGCCGGGACUGAGCAACGAGGUUAUCUCAGCCUCGAUCAAGUGGACUCUCAAGGAGGCAGAUCUCGACACCAUCACGAAACGCCAAGUUCGUGCCAUUGUUGAGCGACGCCUGGACACGGAGCUGAGUGGUGAGCAAUUGGCCUUCUUCAGCCAGGAGCUUGACCGUCAGCUGCAGGAGAUGGAGUCAGGUGUAUGA